AUGAUCUUAGUUCCCGAUGGCUCUUCAAAUCCUCCACCCUCACACGAUGUAGCCUUUGAGCGGCUGGCAAGAUUUCUGGCUCGUAAGGAUGUUGAUCCUGCACCAAGGGGCAAGGGUAUAUCUAUAGGUGCAGGGAUCUCAGACAAAGAAGACUCGACAAUUUUUUAUCUCAAGGUGGAGAUCAGAAUUAUAAAUCAAAAGCUUAUCGAGAAUGAUGUUUUUAUAGGAAAUAUUGAUGUUAUAGUUUCCGAGCUUGAGAUGGAAAAUAUUCAAAAAUCAAAACAGAUCUCCGACUUGCAGCUAAAUCUAGGUGCAUUAUCUGCUAGGUACUUCGACCAGAAAAACAAGCUAAUCAGUGAAUUUGGCGACAAAUUCAAGACACUGGUUGCUGAACCAAAUGCAGCAGGAUCUUCUCAUUGUGCUCAUUCCCAAGCUGCUCAAGAUCCUCCUAUUGAUCAACCUAUCUGA